ACUAGCAUACUCGCGUUGUAGCCCUGCGACGUUAGCUUAGCCAAUGCUUUGUCAUGGACGCGCUGAGCAUAGUUGAGGAUGAAGUAGCAUUGGAGGGACUUGACGGUAUAACCAUCCCUUCGCUGUGGAUACGUCUCGAAAACAGAGACCCCAAAUUCCCUCUCAUACUAGACGCGUGUACCAAGGAGUUCAUCUGGAGGUCGCUGCUUUUUAACUCCGACUUGAAAUUCUAUGAACUACCGCGGCCGAGGGGAGACGUCGUGCUGCGUGAUAGGUUUGCCGAAAUAGACCCAGAGACCGAGAUUCAGACAACAGAGAGAUUUUCUGAUGGGACAAAGGAUGUCUACCCAGUCUGUGUUAUUGUGGAGGACAAGAAUGGGGUACAGGGCUCCUGUGUCUUCUACAAAGAGAGGAGAGAUGUCUCUAAGAUUGUCCGAACCAAUGCCUUCACUGCAUUGCUCAGUCUAGAUGAGGCUUUCCGAAGAUUCGGCCGAAAGCUUGUGGUUGUUGCAUCUCAGAUUGUGAGAUUCCGUGCGCUGAUUGGUGUUGAGAACGAUCCUGACUUGAAACUCAAUGAUCACUCCUACUGUAUAUUGGAACGUCUGGGCCGAGCACGCUGGCAAGGAGAGCUACAAAGGGACCUCCAUAUCUGCUCAUUCAAGACAGAUGCUGGAAAGCUGCAUUACAUGAGGCGGUUUCUAGACAGACAUGGCCUCAUCACCAUGCAAUCUUUUGUCAAAAGAAUGCCUACCGGACAACAACAGUACUCAAUACUACUGUUACUCAAACGCUUCCAUGUAAACAGGAGGAGUAGGUAUGACAUCCUAAUGGAGUCUAUGUCCAACAUCCUACAGGAGGCACCUGGUCAGCUUGCUCCCACAAUGACAGUCAGAGAACAACUUAGAGUGAGUGAGAGCAUAUUCAAGCGUGUGUACCAGUACAUGCAGUCUGCGAAACUGGUCCAGGUGGUCAGUCGCCCUGUGGAAGAUCUCAAUCUUGGUGCUGAGCCUUGCACCACCAGUAAAGGGACCAAAGCCUCAGUGCGGUGUUUGAAAUUGCUAAAGCCAUAUGUCAAGAAGGAAGAGAUUGUGGAGGAUGAUAAUGAUGAUGAUAUCGUCCCCUUUGAGGGGCGAGUCAUGGAGAGGGAUUUACUGGUACAGGCCUAUCACAAUGUCAUAUCCAGUGGUACAAGAGGAAUUUCUCAGACUACCCUGAGUUUAAGGAUGAAUAUCGGCAAACUGGAGGCUCGUAUGAUUUGUCGACAGCUUGAGAGGGAUGGCAUGAUUAAGGGACUCAUGGAGGAUGUGGGUCGGCAGAGAAUCACUAGAUUUAUCAGCCACAGGUGUGUGGGUGUGAGUGACAGCGUUCAGCAGUUUGCCAAGGAGUGGGAGCGGAACAAGCUACUUUAUUCCUCGGAAAUCCCUAAAACAGCCCCGCGAACCUCAAAGUCUUCUGCUACCAAUCUCAAAACACCGUCCAAAGCUACAGAUAAGAAAACUGUACCAAAAAUACAUAAAAAAGGCAGAGGCAAAAAGGAAGAUGUGAUGGCAGCAAGCCAAAAACAUAGCAGUUCACAGCAGGAUGAAGAUUAUGAAGGUGCAAAUGGAGGCUGUGUCAAAAGAAAAAGAAAGUCGAAAGAACUCAAGAAGAAAGCAAAGAUGAAAGGCAAGCAAACUCCUGAAAUGGAAGAUGAGGAAUCCAUCUUAAAUUAUGCCAUCCCAUCAGAUCACAAUGAAGCUGUGAAAACAGUGAGUGACGAAGCAGAAUACAACAUCAAGGUGCUUGAGGAGGUUUCUGUGGCCCCUAAUUUCACAACUAAAAAGACCUCGUCACAACGUCGUCACAUGGCACGGCCUCACGAGACCUACCGCCUCCUGAGGAGGAAGAACCUGAUUAUAGAAACUGUUCGCAGCCUCAGGAUCAUCGAGGGACUCUACACGUUACAGAAGAUGAUCAGUGAUGAGGAGAAGCAGGAUGGUGUCAGCACAAAGUGUUGCAAGAAGUCUAUUCUGCGUCUCAUCCGCAGUCUUUCAAGAGAAGGCAUGCUUAAGAUGUUCACCACUACAGUCAUACAGGAUGGAAUCAGCAAGAAGGUUGAGAUGGUGGUACAUCCCUCUGUUCAGCCCAAUGACGAUAUAGUGAAGAGGACCAUUGAACAGGUGCGCUUCCGGAUCUCCAGCUCCUAUUCUGUAUUACGUCAGCAGCAGGCUGAAGAAAGAGCGAAAGAUCAAGAAAAUGAGUCCAAAGGGAAAACAGCCAGCAUUAAUAAAGGCCAGAAAAACAAGACUGACAAAAAGAAAACGGAUCCCAAAGAGUACGAUGACUUCAAACCCACACCAGUUAAAGGACUGAGCCGGACUUUGGGAUUCCAGCCUAAGAUGCAUCGUCUACGUGUUAUUCACACCUUCCUGUGGUUCCUCAUUUAUGGGCAUCCACUCCAACAAGGUUCAACUUACACCCAACCUGGUGCCACUAACACAGAUGAACCUGAAAACUCAAGGCCACACAAUGGCAAAGAUAGGCACAGCUCCCAAAAUGUAGAUGGACAAAUGCAAACAUUUGAAAACCUUGAGCCUGACACUGGGGAACAGAAAAUGUCAGAGUCAAGUCUCCCAAGCCCGGAGAUUAAUUCAUUAGGUGAAGAAGAUGUGGAGUUAAUGGAUAUAUCAAAUUCUCCUGAAGCUCAUUCUGAUAUAGAAGUCUUUCUGGAUGAAGACUCCUGGAGAAGGUUCAUACCUCCUCUCCGUUUCCACACGGAGUUCGGCCAUGGCUGGGCUCUGGUUAGUGAUCUGCUCCUGAGCCUGCCUCUCUCCCUCUUCGUACAGUUCGUGCAGGUCAACUUUGAGGUAGAUGGACUAGAGGAAUAUCUGAAUGACCCAGUGAAACAACACUAUCUCGUCCGAACCUUACCAAGUAGAAUUAGAAGACAGCUGCUUUAUAAACGAAAGUACAUCUACACUUUCCAUGAGAACAUGCAGAGACUGGUAUAUAUGGGUCUGGUGCAGUUUGGUCCCGUUGAGAAGUUCAAAGAUAAAGAACAGGUGUUUGUUUACCUCAGGAGGAAUGCCACAAUCGUUGACACAACAAGCACUGAGCCUCACUACUGGUUGGUGACGGAGUCACCUGACAAACCAUUUGAGAGGCGACAGUACACAUUUAAUACUGCAGAAGAUGUGGAAAACUAUUGGUUUGACCUGCUGUGUGUCUGCCUCAAUACACCGCUGGGGGUGAUCCGCAUCAAGAGAAAGGUCCAAGAUGAGGAGCAACCAGCCCCUCCUCACCACCCUGAACGCUACAAAUUCUUAAGACUGGCUUAUCUGCUCAAGGGCAGUCGUGAAGUCUGCGAUGACGGGUCAAUACCAGGGGAUGGGAAAGGUGCAGGGGGUCUAGACUCUGAAUUCUUUUCUCAUCUUAAACGUAACUGGCUGUGGACCUGUCACCUGCUGUCCUCUAAAAAGAGUCCCAUUGGUGGAGAGGUAAACUGCAGCACAAUCCGACUGAAGAGCCUUCUCAGUAGAAAUGCUCUUCGGCUUGCACUUAAAGCUGUCGGAUCAACAAACCCUCGUUGUGUGACUACAAAGUGUCCAUUGAUCACAGAGGAAAAUGUUGAGAUGGCUAUAGAGCCUGCAAGCAGGAACCAGCAUGUGGCUGGAGGUAAGAGACAGAAAAGAAAAAGAAACAAGAAGGAGAUUGUCAAGAUCCCACGCAAGAAGAAAAAAGAGCCUAGAAUAAGAGGCCCUGCUCAUGAUGAGGCAGAUCACCAGGCUUUGAAGAGGAUGACAAGGCAGCGUGUCAUCUGGUCCAUACAGGAGGACUCAUUGAUGAUGCUCUGCAGUGUGGCCUCACGGCUGCUCAACAGCAAGUUGAAAAGGCCGUUUGUAGCCCACUGUGUGGUGAGGGACCUGCUCCAAGCUGAGUUUGAGAAUUCUUUGGAUAAAACAUCUGUCGCUGUUGGACGACGAUCACGAUACAUCCUCAAGAAUCCCCAGACUUUACUGAACUACAGGAUCUGUCUGGCUGAGGUGUACCAGGACAAACCUUUGAUGGAACUACUGGAGAAAAUGAAGCCUACCAACCCAGAGAGUCCAGAGGAUUGUGCCAAGGCUUUCUCUGAGUACACUAGACUGCUAAGACAAAAGUUUAGCUCCACCAUGACCUCCUGGGACAUCACAAUUCCCGACACCAAACAUGAGCUUUUCUCACGAUUUAAGGUUUACACCAUUGGCGAUGGAAAAGAGAUGCCCUUCAAAGAUACUCUUACCUGCACAGAAGACAUCCAUGCUAUUGUGUUGAAUAACUUGAUCCAGAGCACUCUUGUCAUGUCCAACUCUCAGAUGAAGAGCUCUAGAUCUUUUCAGACUUUCCAUAUGUACAGUAAGUAUAGUCAGGAGGUGCUGUUUGAGGUGUUCAUAGAUUGCAGAAGGAGGGGUCUGGUCAACCGUCGGCGUGUCAACAAGGCUACUGGGCCCAAGAAAAACCGAGCCCUGCCCAUCCUGCCCAUGUCCUACCAGCUGUCCCAGACAUAUUACAGGUGUUUUGCAUGGCGUUUUCCUUUUACACUGUGCACGGAUGUCUUCCGAUUCCGGAGGACUCUAGCUGACAAAGGCGCUAGAGACGACCUACCUCUCACCGCAUUCUACCAUGAAACAGAAAGCAGGAUGGAUGAGAGGAAAGGAUUGACGGAGAGAAUGUCCGAGAAGCCAAGUCAGAGAGAGACAGAGGAAGACAAAGAGCGAGCAGGAGACAGGCAGAGGAAUGGAGGACAGUGGGAAGGAAAGCAAGAUGGCAGACCACAGGAGCAGCCAGGGAGACAAACGGAUAAGGAAAAUUUGGACACGAUGAAGGAAGGAGGGGUUGACCAAAGCAAAGGGGAUGAAGAAAAAAUGGUGAAAGAAUGCUCAGGCAGGACAAAAGCAAAGGAUGUCCACAUGAACCCAGUUGACUCUCUCAUCACCACGAGCAGUGAGGAGCUAUCCACCGUAAGGGAACCUGCAGGGACGGUCACAGCAAACCCCUCACCACCCUUGUCUGAGGAAAAUCAGGAUGUGUCAGAGAUGCUGCGAUUUCCUUUGGACUCUCUAGGGGGGGCCUGUGCAACCUCUCUCAGCUUGAUGACUCUAGGACUGCUAUCUGUGCAUGUGUCGAUUCCUAAACAGGUGGUAGUGGUGGACAGCAGCAUGGUGGACAAUGAGGUUGUCAAGAGCAUGGCAUCACUGGAGGAAGAGGAUGAUGAUGAUGAUGAAGCUGAGGAAUGUGAAGGCAGGAAGAGGCUGGAGGUGAAGUCCCAUCAGGCAUCGCACACCAACUACCUGUUAAUGCAAGGGUACUGCUGUCCGGGCAUAGUUAAACUACGUAACCUCAACACCAGCGAUAACAUCGUGGUGGAGUCAUGUAUUUUGAGGCUUCAGCUGCGCAACACUCCCGCUCACCAGCUCUUCAGUGAGGGCGAAUCUCCUCUGCUGGACAUCUCUAAAUGUGGUCCGUCUCUGCUCCCCUCCAUCCUCUCUCACUCCAUCCACCCCCUCUCCCCUCCUACGUCUCCAUCCUCACUGGUGCAGUGUGACCUCCGUUUGACUCAUCAGAGGGGUUACUCCCCUCAAGACAUGGAAGCCUGGGCUGAGUUGAGGAAGAGCUUGGACGAGGCCAGAGAGAACGGCGUGGCCGCAUGUGACUUGCACCGAGCACACACACACCUAGUAGAGCCCUGCUCCGGACGCACCAGGAGCCUGCAGCAGUACAUGCAGGAGCUGCAGGAAGAGGGCCAGGUCUUGCAAGUAGGAGGCAUGGGGUUGCGUUGGGUUCGUAUGCAGUAUGCCGAACCGUGGCUCCUAACGUCAUACACCAAGCCCCAGUCCCAACCACAAUUGAUCAGGGAGAGACAGCUCCCAUUGUGGAAGAAGCAUCACAAUAUUCCUUUCAUGCGAAAGAGAUGCCGAGAUGUCCCAGGAGAAGAAGAGGAACCGCCCAGGAAAAAAGCAGUCGAGGAUAGAGAAAGGGGGAAGGAGAGGGAGGGAGGAAAUGAAUCGUCAAGCAGUAUGUUAACUGAUGAGGGGAACAGCGGAGUAGCAGUGGAUGAGCCAAGAGAGGGAGCAGAUGAAGAACGUCAAGAUGGACCACUGAACUUGGUAGAGGAGAAAGGGGUGCAAACAGUGUCUGAAAUGGAAGGGGAUAAGCAGUCAGUAAAGAAGGAGGAUAAAAGUGAGGAAAAACCAUUGCCGCAGGAAGAGGUGAAGGAGGAGCGAUUGGACCAAGAGGAAAUAAUACAAGACAGAGAUGAUGAUAAUGAUGGUGUAUGUUCACCACUGUCGCCAGCAGCGCCAACCCACAGUAAUACUGAUGAGAUUUACAGUUUCAUCAGCCGACCGUGGAGGAUGGUUGACGGCAGCGUGAACCGGCCAGCAUGUAAAGGGAUGUUGGAGGCCAUUCUGUACCAUAUCAUGUCCAAGCCUGGCCUCACUGAACAAACACUGGUGGAGCACUAUAAAGAUGUACUGCAGCCAGUCGUGAUACUCGAUCUCACACAGGCACUAAUAGAGCUCGGUUGCGUGAAGAAGAGAUCUGUCAUUAAAGGCCCUAAACCUUCACUCUUCUCGCGCUCUGCGGGUCGGAUAGGAGGUGAUACAGGUGUGGGGACAGAGGAUGCAAAUUCAGUGUUUUAUGAACCCACUAUCAGCUGCUGUUUGCGGCUCGCUCAGGUGUUACCCAAUGAACCCCACUGGAAUGAAUUUAUCCAGUGAGAGACAUCAUGUUACAUGGCCCAGCCUGCAUUACUGGGACUUUUUCCAUCAUCACAUUGAGAGCACACAAGUUUUAAAGUCCUCUCAGCUAUUUUUAACCCUUCGAAGAAGGUUGAAUCAGUUCAUCUGGA